AUGUACAUCAAGACCUUGACAAUUCAGGGUUUCAAGUCUUAUCGCGAUCAAACGCAGAUAGAGCCGUUUUCACCUAGACAUAAUGUCGUAGUUGGGCGUAACGGGUCUGGAAAGAGUAAUUUCUUUUCUGCGAUCCGUUUUGUACUAUCGGACGCGUAUACAUCAAUAUCAGGACCGGAGAGGCAAGCGCUGCUUCACGAAGGUAUCUCGACGACAACGACUUUGUCAGCUUAUGUGGAAAUCAUAUUCGACAACUCUGACAAUCGGUUUCCGACGGGGCACGAAGAGGUCAUCUUGCGCCGUACUAUCGGCGUGAAGAAGGACGACUACAGCUUAGACAGGAAGAGUGCCAGCAAAGCCGACGUCAUGAAUCUCUUGGAGAGCGCAGGUUUCAGCAAAUCGAAUCCAUACUAUAUUGUGCCGCAAGGUCGUAUUACCGCGCUAACGAAUGCUAAAGACCACGAACGACUCGCCCUCCUCAAAGAAGUCGCGGGAACGAAGGUCUACGAACAACGACGAGCGGAAUCACUUCGAAUCAUGUCAGAAACUGACGGGAAACGCACAAAGAUCAGCGAACUGCUUGACUACAUCGAGUCGCGGUUGACCGAGCUAGAGGAGGAGAAGGAAGAGUUGAAAGAGUUCCAAGAUAAGGAUAAAGAAAGGCGUUGUCUGGAGUACGCAUUGUAUCAGCGGGAGCUAGAAGAGGUUGGAGAAGCUCUGGUAGAGAUUGAAGAAGACCGGCGGACGGAAGUUCAUGGUGCGAAUGUUCGGCGAGAAAAGUUCAACGAAAGGGAGAAGGAGAUCCAAGAUUUGGAUCGGGCUAUCUCGGAGGCAGAGCAUUCCCAGCGAACACUCACCACAACCCGUCGGGAAGCACAGGCGGAGCUUACGGAUUUCAUCAGGACGCGUACGGAGAUCGAGUGUAUCAUCCAGGAUCUCGAGGCUGCCGGUGCCAGUGCCAGCGGGAAACGUGAGCAGCUUGAAGCUGAGCUCGCUCAGGUCCAGCGAAAGGUCGCUGAGAAAGAGGCCGCGCUGGAAGCUCUUUUGCCUGAGUGGGACGAGCAACGGACGACGGAGGCGACAGAGAAACGGAGGCUGGACGAAGCGAACGCCAAGCUUAAUGCGCUGUUCGCGAAACAAGGUCGAGCGAGCAAGUUUCGCACCAAGUCAGAGAGAGAUGCGUUCCUGAGGCAUGAGAUUCAAGCCAUGAAGGCGUAUCAGCAAGGACAGACAACGGCGUUGGAGGGUGCGAGGCUCUCGUUGGAGACGUCACGUCGGUCGCAGGUGGAGAUCGAGGCGCAAAUACGGGGAGUUCAUGAGAAAAUAGACGAUGGGCGGAAGAGGGUAAAGGACGUGGGAGAGGAGGCCGUUACGUUGAAGGAUCAGCUGACAGAGCUGACGGAGAGAAGGAAGGAUUUGUGGAGAGAGGAUACCAGGUUGGACAGUAUGGUUAGUCGUGCUGCUGAUGAGUUGAGGACGGCAGAGAGGGCGCUGGCUGGCAUGAUGGACAAGGACACGGGACAGGGCCUUCGCGCUGUUGACAGCAUCACGGAGCGGUAUCGUUUGGAGGGUGUUUAUGGCCCACUUUACCGCCUUUUCGAGGUUACGGAUUCCAAAUUCAACAUUGCCGUUGAGCUCACUGCGGGGAACAGCCUUUUUCAUGUUGUGGUUGAUACUGACGACACGGCGUCCAAAGUCCUCGAAGUGAUGCUCAAAGAAAAGACAGGCCGAGUGACCUUCAUGCCUCUCAACCGACUCAAACCAAAGAACCCACCAACGCUGAACGCCCAAGAUGCCGAACCCCUCAUUGAUAAGCUCGAUUUCGACCCCAAAUAUGAGAAGGCCUUCCAGCAAGUUUUUGGCAAGACCUGCGUUUGCCGCGACUUGACCAUCGCUGCCUCGUACGUCAAGAGCCAUGGAAUCAACACCAUCACUCUGGACGGAGACAAAGUUGACCGCAAGGGUGCGCUGACGGGAGGGUAUCACGAUGUCCGGCGAUCUCGUAUUGAGGGUAUCAAGAGUGUUGCGAGUUGGCGGGCAAAACUCGAGACUGAGAGCAAGCGCUCACAAGAGGUCAAAGCCUCCAUCAUGAAACUUGAGCAGGAGAUCACGCAGAUGAAUGGGCGGAUUAUGCACUUGACUGCGCAACAGAACCAGAUUCGAGACUCGAGAGAGCGGUUGAUGGAUGAGGGAAAUGCCAUGACAAGGGCGAAGGAUAGGACGGUUGGACAGAUCUCGAAGCUGGAGGCAGACAUGGAGGAUCUGGAGACGGAGUUGAGUGGGUUGGAGGCGAAAAUCGCGGGGUAUUCGGCGGAACUUGCGACGCCACUGACAAAUGGGCUGACAAGGGAUGAGGAGCAAUUGAUUGCGAGUUUUGGGAAGGAGGUGGAGAGGCGGAGGAAGGAGAUGGCCGAGCUUAGCAAGAAGAAGAACCAGGUUCGUUAUCGGAAGAACACACUCGAGAUUGAGCUAAAGGAGAGGCUCCGACGACAAAGGGAGGAAUUGCAAGCAAGACUUGAUUCUCUGGGCGAGCCGGAUGAAGAGUCUUCGACGGAUGAUCUCGAAAAGCGGACACGAGAGCUUCGGUCCCUCAACAACUCCAUUCAAACAUUAGGGAAGAAGGUGCAAGCUAUGGAAAAGGAAGGGGAAGAGCUGACGGCGCAAAUGCAAGAACUCCGAACCUCGCUGGAGAAGGUGCAAACUCAGCAGUCGGAGGACAGCCGCAGCAUAUCAAAGCAACAAAAGACGACUGAGCGAUACCUGGCCAAGCGUCAAAUGCUCACAACACGCAAAGACGAGUGUAACAGGAGUAUUCGUGAUCUCGGGGUUCUUCCGGAGGAGGCGUUUGAAAAGUAUAUCAACGAUAAAGCUGAUAGGUUGGUCAAAAAACUGCAUACGGUCAAUGAAGGUCUCAAGAAGUUCGCACAUGUCAACAAGAAGGCAUUUGAGCAAUAUAGCAACUUUACAAAACAACGAGAUCAGCUCCUCAAACGUCGUGAAGACCUCGAUAAAUCUGCGGAAUCGAUCGAGGAGCUUGUACAGGUCCUUGAUCAACGGAAGGACGAAGCUAUUGAGCGGACGUUCAAGCAGGUCGCGAAAAACUUUGAGGAGGUGUUUGAGAAGCUUGUGCCUGCCGGUCGUGGACGGCUGAUCAUUCAAAGGCGGAUUGACCAGGGGAUGGAGGAGGAUGGUGAGGAAACGCAGCAAAGUACAAUUGAUAACUAUACGGGUGUGUCCAUCAAGGUGUCGUUCAACUCAAAAGUUGACGAAGGGCUGCGGAUACAACAACUUUCGGGAGGACAGAAGUCUUUGGUCGCUCUGGCUACUGUCUUUGCCAUCCAAAAAUGUGAUCCUGCCCCCUUUUAUCUCUUCGAUGAAAUCGACGCCAAUCUGGACGCACAAUACCGCACGGCGGUUGCAUCCAUGAUUCAAUCUCUCGCGUCCACCGCUCAGUUCAUCACAACCACUUUCCGUCCAGAGAUGCUUGUCACCGCUGACAAGUUUUAUGGUGUUCUGUUCAACAACCAGAAAGUUUCGUCGAUUCGUGCUAUCAAACGGGAGGAAGCUAUGGAGUUUGUAGAUCAGGUUCGUCACGUAUCGUUAAUCUUUGACUGGGUGUUGAACAUCUGUAAUGUAGGAGGCUCAAGCGCAAUAAACCCGACCUUGUAUUUUCAUUCGUCCUCGACCUGCUUUGUAGUUGCUAAUAUUGUUGUUUUAUUGUGA